CAAAAUAACACAGACUCUAUAAGAUUAUAUUUUCUGUUCAAUGGCAAUGACCGAUAAUAAUAAUCCCUUUUCUAUGUCGACCAUGUCUGAUGCUUUACAACACAUCCCUUUCUCUAAAGGAAUCUCCGGUUACAUUCCUCCUCCGGGAUACGCCCCACGCUCCUCCUCCGCCGUAGCAGACACUCGCUCAAACUCUCUGUUCAACGUUAUGACUAGCGGCCAAGGCUUGGCCCAGUUUAAAGAGAUCAUCUCAAAGUCUGACCGAAAAGAGCUUCAGCUGAUGGCGUCGUUGCUUACGUCAGACUCCGAUUACUUCAUGGAGGUUGUCAGAAACAUUAACGGGUCGAGACGCGUCCAGAAGCUCCUCGGGAUAUCAGACGACGUGGACGCUUUCUUCUACCCCGCUAUCUUGCGCCGGUUCUACCACAUUAUCACCGACAAGUACGCAUCCUACGUGGCGAUACGAGCUAUGCUCGUUUUCGACCAGAAGAAGCAGUAUGUAAUGUACGAGCACCUUCUCCACCACGCGCUCGACAUCGCGCGUAAUCAGUACGGCUGCAUUGCGCUCAACGAGAUCAUAACCGACGCUGAUGAUCCUUUCUACAGAAAUCUUCUACUAGACGUGGUAGCGCGCAACGCUCUCUACCUAAGUAAUGAUCCUUCAGGGAACUUUGUGGUCCAACACGUGCUUGCACUCUAUGACUUGCGUUGCACGCAUAACGUUGGUGUUAGUCUUCGUGGCCAUUGCGUUGAUCUGUCGUUUAAGAAGUAUGGAAGCUACAUCGUAGAGAAGCUUCUAGAUACUGAGGAAUCAAUGGCUGUGGUGGUUGUGGAGCUUUUGGAGUGUGAAGGAGGCAGGUUGACGAGGCUGGCGAGGAAUGAGUUUGGGAGUUUCGUGGUGGUCAAGGCAUUGAAAAUCACGCAGGGGAUGAAUAGGGUCGAUCUGUUUAGGGGUUUGGUGCAGAAGCUGAUGCCUUUUCGCCACCUUUUGGUUAGGUCUCACGGAAGCAACAUUGUAAACUUCUUGGAGUCGACUAUUUAA